AUGGGGCGGGGGCUGGCUGAGGUGGGUGGGGGGGGAGCGGGAGGCCAGAAUGAAGAGCUCGGGGUGGGGACCGCGCCCCCCGCCGACGUGGCCCACCCCGUAGUGGCCGGACCCCUGAGACAAUGGAGCGACAUUGUCCCGCGGGGGGUCGCGGUCAAGGCCUGUCGUCUCCUCCGGGCUGCUCCAGAGUUCGGAGGGUUUCAGCUCUCAGCCCGCGUCCCCUUCCGGAAAGGAGAUCGCCAGCCCCCUCUCCACGCCCGCCCCCGUCUCCACCCUGGGACUCUAGCUGGGGAAGGGGACCCGGCGAGGCAGGUGCCAGCAGCCCACACCCUCCUGGGGUCGCCCCGCCGAGCCUCCGGGCCCGGAGGCGAGGCUGCCCGGCCAAAGCGCCCCGCGCUGGGGACCGCGCCCGGCGCCCGCCGCCGCCCCUACCUGCUGGAGAAGGGUGCCCCGCAGCCGGGACCCCGGGAGUCGACUCCUAGUGCGUCCCGCGAGGGUGCGCGGCACGCCGCUGCCCUGUGCUUCCCCGGGGCCGUGGCGCGCUCGGGGCGGGCGCGCCGGGCGCACCCGGGGCUGGUGAACGCCGCUCGCGUCCCGGCCGGCGGUGCGGGCUGGGCGGCCGGGGCCCGGCUUCCGCGGUUAGCGCUCGGGCUCCCGGGCGCCGCUCAGGCAGCCAGGGCGCUGCGGGGCCCGCCUCCGUCCGGGCCGGCCGCCGCCUCCUUCCCACGCGCUCGCGCGCCGGGACCGCGCCUCUCUGCUCUCGCUGCGCCUCGGGUCCCCCCUCCGGCUUCUCCCGCCUCCCGCCUCGCGGGCCAAUCUAAGAACCGGGCUCACUCUUCAAACUUCUGCGUCCGGACUCUGCCAGAAGCGGGGCAGCGGGACGGGAACGCGGGGGUGGCGGCCCGGUCGCGGGGCUCCCGCGCGCUGGCCCGGGGCUGCGACCUGGAGCGGGCAUUCCCCGUGAGCCGGCCGACCCGAACAAAGGCCAUCGCGAGGACUGUGGCAGUUGUCACCCGAGCAGAUGAGUGA